AUGGACGAGGUUGAUCGUCAGUUCGACAGAGCUUUCAACGCUGCUGCGGAACUCUACCGACAGGACAAAUACGAGCAAUGCAUUGAAGCAUUACGCGAGUUGCUUGCGGACCCGGCCAUGCCUCGUUACCACCACAUCAGAUGCCUUACUUUGCUUGGCGGUACUUUGGGCGACUGGAAGGAAUCAUACAGCUGCUGGGUAAAAGCCGAGACCAUUUGGCGUAUCACAAAACGAUGGCAUUGCGACGAUGAAGAUACUGAGGUGAAGGAGGCGCUAGAUGACCUUCAAGAUGUGGACGACAAAGACGGAUGCCACGAGAGCAUGCAAGACGGGGAUGCUGAGGCAGACGUACUUAAUACGCUAGCAGCACACGACGCUGGCGUAGAGGAAGAUCGAGCAAUUGCGGAGGCAGAAGGAGAGACGUGGUCAGACGAGGAGAUGAGCGACGAGGAGAUGAGCGACGAGGAUGAGUUGGGUGAUGAAGACGAGAUGAGCGAUGCGGAAGAGAGCGAAGAACCCAACAUCAAAAAGGAGGGAAUGGAGGGUCGAGAGUCAAAUGAAACUGGUGAAGCGGUAAAAGAUGAGAAGGUUCUACCCUACCGCCCUCCCCACAAGCGCAACCCCAAUACUGGCAAGAACAAGGACAUAAUGUCUGAGCCAUCGUGGCGGCGUAAAGGCUGA